ACAAAGGCUUCAAUCUCUAACUGAAUUUCGAGAAAUUAGAGAGUUUAAAAUGGGAGAGGAAGUACAAAUGAGUGAUUACGAUGUUUCCGGCGACGGAGAUAGGGUUUCUGAAUGGGAGAUGGGACUACCUAGCGACGAAGAUCUAGCAUCUCUCUCUUACUCUCUGAUUCCGCCAAAUUUGGCGAUGGCGUUUAGUAUCACACCGGAGCGGAGCCGUACGAUUCAGGAUGUGAAUCGUGCAUCGGAGACGACGUUCUCGUCGCUGCGUGGUGGAUCUUCCGGUCCAAAUACCUCGUCGUCGAAUAAUAACAGCAACGCGGUGGAGGAGGAAGAUCGAGUUGGAUCUAGCAGUCCUGGAUCGGAUUCGAAGAAACAGAAGAUAUCAGACGGUGGUGGCGGUGGCGAUGGCGGUGUGGAUCCGGAUGCGGCGGCGGAGGAAGGAGAUUCAGGAACUGAAGAUCUAUCUGGGAAGACACUAAAACGACCGCGUUUAGUGUGGACACCGCAGCUACACAAGAGAUUCGUUGAUGUUGUUGCUCACUUAGGGAUUAAAAACGCCGUCCCGAAGACGAUUAUGCAGCUGAUGAACGUUGAAGGAUUAACUCGAGAGAACGUUGCGUCUCAUCUCCAAAAAUAUAGACUUUACCUCAAAAGAAUGCAGGGAUUGACUAAUGAAGGUCCCUCUGCUUCGGAUAAGCUCUUUUCUUCAACACCUGUGCCUCCACAGAGCUUCCAAGACAUCGGUGGAGGUGGCGGUAGCAGCGGUAAUGUUGGAGUGCCGAUACAGGGACCGUAUGGAGCGCAGCCGAUGAUGCAGAUGCCAGUUUAUGCACAUCAUAUGGGUAUGCAAGGAUAUCAUCAUCAAAAUCAUAAUCAUGAUCCUUAUCAUCAGAAUCAUCAUCAUCAUCAUCAUGGAGCUGGUGGAAGUGGUGCGUUUGAGUCAAAUCCAUAUAUGAUGCAGCAGAAUAAGUUUGGAUCCAUGGCGUCUUAUCCUUCUGUUGGUGGUGGUAGCGCGAAUGAGAAUUGAAAUGAAUUGAAGGAAGUCUAUAGAUGGAUUCAAUGUUGGAAGAGAUAGGUUCUUGGCUUCUACUUUUCUACAUCGUCACGUCUUCGAAAUUUCUAAUAUUUUGCCACCCCAAAGUUCAAAUUGCAUCUGUGUAGGAGAGAUCAUACAAACAUAUCAUGUCCAAGCUAGAUCAAGAGAAGACCUCUGACAAAUUUCAUAUACUCAUUUUGUAUCUUGUAAGAGGUAAGUAAGUCCCUUUGCUUUAUUUGUAUGUAGACUUCUUAGAGUGAUAAUCAAGAGAGUGAAUUGUU